AUGUUAGGUACAGUGCAAAUCAAGGUGGGACAAGGGGAAGUCCCAGGCUGUGUUCCCGGCCCGGUUCUGACCCGGUACCACCCGCUCAGGCCUCUUCGCUGCCCCGCACUCAGCCACCACCUCUGGGCCCGCAGCUUCGGGCCGGGGCUCCGCUCCUUAAGGUCCCGCUCCCCGUUCGCCGCGGCUGGCAGUGGGGGGGUGGCCGGGGACCGGGUCCUCUCCCGGUCCGGCUCUCAGCGCGGCCUGCAGGGCGGACAUCUCGGCCCUCAGCUGCUCGCAGGCGGCGAUGCGGGCCCGCAGGCUCCUCUGUCGGGUUUCCAGCAGCUCCCACAGGCUCCGCGGGUCGGGCGGUACCGGCGGGCGGGCGGCCGGGACCCCCGCGGGGUUUUUCCUCUCAGCGACCACCGGGAACCGGGCCCGGGCCCGCCCCGCCGCCUCCAUCCCUCCCCGGGUCGCCAUGGAAACGGCGGCGCCCCGGAUGUGGGUCACGGCGGCGGGACGGAAGCGGCCGGGGCAGGGGAAGGAGCAGCCCUGGCGGGGCUGUGUGAGGCCGGGGACCGAGCCCCGGGAACGGCCCCGGGGCUGGGCCAAGCCCGCAGCUCCCGCCUCCUGCUGCCCGCCCGCACGGAGCCGCCCGGCUGGCAGGAGGCGGUGUCGGCGGCCGCCCGUGCCCUGCAGGCGGGUGGGCUGGUGGCGGUGCCCACGGACACGGUGUACGGCGUGGCCUGCCUGGCCCAGGACUCCGGCGCCGUGCGGAGCAUUUACAGCCUGAAGGGGCGGAACGGGCGGAAGCCGCUGGCGAUCUGUGUCGGGGACGUGGAGCGGCUCUUCAGGUACUGCCGGGUGGAGGUACCGGAGGAGUUGCUGCACGAUCUGCUCCCGGGCCCCGUGACCCUGGUCCUGCAGCGUUCAGAAGAGCUGAAUAAAGAGCUGAAUCCCUUCACAUCGCUGGUUGGGGUCCGUGUCCCAAACCACCCUUUCAUCAGGGAGCUGGCACGAGCUUGCUCUGGACCCCUGGCUUUGACAAGUGCCAACAUCAGCUCCCAGGGCAGCACCCUGAGUGUCACGGAAUUCCAAGAGCUGUGGCCCCAGCUCUCUCUCAUCAUUGAUGGGGGUCCCCUUGGGGAUCUCCAGAGCCCAGAAUCUCGUUUGGGCUCCACUGUGGUGGAUUUGUCUGUGCCAGGGAAGUUCAGCAUCAUUCGUCCUGGCUGUGCUCUGGCAUCUACAGUUGAAAUCCUGAGGCAGAAGUAUGGCUUGAUCCCAGCAUCAUCCUGAGACUGGGAAGAGGCUCUGCUGGUGGAGCUGCUGGACUUGGCACUGUGUGCCUGCAGGGAAUGGGUGUUCCUGGCCUUGCUCAAACAGGCUGGGGGGUUAUGGCAAGGUUAAAACAUAAAGGUUAAAAAAGAAAACAAAAAAAAAGAGAAAAAAGCAGAGCAGAGGGUCUCUGUUAAUUAGGAUCACAGCUGAGGGGUCUCUGUUAAUUAGGAUCACAGCUGAGAAACCAACCCAAAUCUGGGCUCUGGGCUGAUUCCCCAUGCCCAGUACCUGUUCUGUUAACAUCAUCAGGCCCUGAAAUGCAAUAAUUAGAGGAGUGAGAGUAUUCUCAGGGUGAGAUGAUGAAAACAGAGGCUGAUCCCCUCUUAACACUUUCUCUGUGUGUUUUUUCACUGUGUCUGCACUGGAAGGAAAACAGAGAUGGAAAAGAGGGGGUUUUUUUGAGGUUCCAUGAUACCACAGCUGUGUUCCUCUGGCUGCUUUUCUUGGUUCCAGAUGUAAUCAAAGCUACUGCUGAGGUGAAACUCUGAAGUGCUUUAGAAAACUGACACUGAAAUGGUUCCUGUGUAGACAAGAAAUGAUCUCUGACUGUGAAGUGUGGGCUUCCCUCUCUUGGUUUUGUUCUGGAAGUAAACAGGGUAUGGGUGACA